UGCGUUGCCGCAUGGGGGGUUCUAUCUUCUAUCUGCAUUCUUAACAGAACAAGGAAAGAGGAAACAAGAUGAAAACACACACAAACACGGUCGUAGGGAAUUAGGGUGUCGAAACCGAAAAUGUCCAUGGCCAACUUUUUUUGUCCGGGAGAUUCUGUUUUUGGUCCCAGAACCUGGACUCCAAGUCCAUGCUUGCUGAAGAAAACCAGCUUCAUCAAGGGAUGCGUAUCAGAGCGGAGAGAAAGAGAGAGGAGAGAGAGAAGAUGAGAGAGGAAAGGAUUCGAGACUGCUUUGCUUCCAGCCUUGAUCGGUCACCCUUUUUUCUUGGCGGAUCGACGAUCAGACAUUCAAUCUGGACUCCAGGGAUGGCGCUGAUUGGCUGCCUUUCACCCGGGAGAAGGAUCCGUCGAGGCUAAUUCGUGCUCUGGAUCGAAACCAAAGAAUGUGGGAAUGCAGGCGUCUGAGACAGUGAGAAGGGAAUUAAGGAAAUGGAAGGGAAAGGGAAACAGUUGAUUCGUAAGUCGGACGGUAGGAGGGUUGCCCGCCUGCAGCUGUCACGCAGGGAUUUUUGCUGCAGCAAGAAACGUUUUUCAAGGGUCUGAAUCUCAGAAGGGGUCAGCGGUCGAUCCUCAAGCUCUCGUUACACAGGGAAAGCAGGAUUCGCUCCCUCAUUUGUACCACUACUUACCGAAGUAUACCAGACCCGAUGGCGACCAGUGUAACCGCUACUCAGGCCUUCGCGGUGUGGCAUGAGUUACAGCGGCAGUGAUUACAGAUUUUGCAGCGCCAGAUGGCCACAAAUGGCCCCGAGGUGCAGUCCGAACAGCGCCAGGUGAGGAUGUUCCCAUUGGUGGCUUGCACAAUGGCGAAAACAUGUCCCGGGCAUUGGUUGGCCAUGGUGAUGCUGUCCAGGCAUGUUAGUUUAACAUGUUUCAGUCCCAAAAGGCUUGGUCCACGUCACUUACCACACAGGAGCUCAAC